AUGUCCCCUUUUUUAGCCGAAGGACUUAGCGGAGCGUAUUUUCACCGCUUUUCUCAUCUAUCUGGCUUGAGAGUAUUCGAGGAAGAAGGUGUAUGGUCAACUAGGCUAUUUCCUGUUUUUCCCACAUUUCCCUUGCCUAAUCGACAUACGUUGAUGACAGGUGUUCUCCCUCGAAAACAUGGUAUGAUGAGCGAUUUCGUAUUCAACUGGAGAAGUGGACAAGAGUUUCUAAACUUUUCGCAGGAAUCAGAUUUCAGUAAAAGGUUUUGUUCUAGAAGGAAUCACUUUUUAGCAGUGCUCAAAUUAGUUUAUUUGAUAUUUGAACUUUUCAGUGACUGGUGGAUGACAGAUCCUAUUUAUGUGACAGCCACAGAAGCUAAAGCAUCCGUUGCGAUGUUCUUUUUUCCAGAGUGCAAAGUGGAUUGGGUACCAGCACCUCAUCUUUGUAUUCCACCGAGAAAGGAUGGGUUGUCGUUCUCUGACGAGCGCAUUGCAAAGAUUGUUGUCGAAGCAACUAAGUACAUUUUCGUUAUUAAAGCGCAAACAUAUGAAAAUCGAGAAUAA